AGAGCACCGACCAGCAGGCGGCUCCGGACUCGCUCCCUCGCUCCCUCGCUGUCCCGGUCGUCGAGGCACCAACAGUCGGUGUCUUCUCGUCGUCUCGCCCGGACGGUGACGGACUCGUAUCGGAUCGCUCUCGGAUGUUCUUUUUGUUUUCUUGUUGUCGUUGUUGUUGUUGUUGUUGUUGGAUGUUGUCUAUGUGUCGGCGUCACUCAGGGACUCCUCAGUUGCCGAAAACCCUGUAAAGAGUCCUGCCCGCCCUGACAGACUGGCUGAUAGACCCUGAAAAUAAGAAGUGGGCAGAUCGAGAGAUAGGAGGAGAGAGGGAGAAGUACAACCUCUCGCGGAGUGGUGGCUAGAGUGACAGAAGUGCACAUGAAGAGGGCAAACGGCGUCACAGCAACAUCCUGACCAGUAGCCCCUGCUUCUGCACCCCACCACGCGCCCCCAGCAACUCCAGCAAGCGGGCGUCAGACGGAAGGAAACGUGCGACCGCUCCUCCUGCAGGCAUGAGGUCCUUCCGUUCCUUUAGUAACGAUGACCGCCAUGUCAUGGCAAAGCACUCCGCCAUCUACCCUUCCUCUCAGGAGCUGGAGGCGGUUCAGACGCUGGUGUCCACCGUUGAGUGUGCCCUCAAACACGUCUCCGAUUGGCUGGAUCAGAGCAGCGUUGACGUCGACAGCCGACCGGCAGACGGCACAGAGGAGGACGCCCCCGGCGAUGUGCCCAGCAAUGAACCUUUGGAAUCCAGUGGCAGCAACAGGGAGUCCAGCAGUGGUGGCGUGCUGUGUGGAGUAAUGAGGAUCGGCCUUGUGGCCAAAGGCCUCCUGAUCAAAGGCGACAUGGACCUGGAGCUGGUGCUGAUGUGCAGAGACAAACCCACACAGACAUUGCUGGACAAUGUCUGUCACAAUUUACCCACACAGAUAGAGAAGCUGACAGAAGAGAAGUAUGAGGUCACAAGCUCCUUGCCCGAGGCGGCCAUCUUGGUACAAAGUGCAACAGAGCCCAAACUCACACUGAAGAUAACCCUCACCUCGCCAGCCAUGAGGGAGGACGAGGAAGAGGAAGAGGAGGAGGAGGAGGAGGAGGAGGAGGAGGAGCAGGAGGAGGUGGGGGAGGAGGAGGAGGAGGCGGUGGAGAAUGGGGAGGAAGGAGGAGAAGAGGUGGAAGAGGAAGUGCAAGAGGAAGAGCAGGAGAAGAAGAAUGAGCGAGUGUUGGGUGCUGCUGCGCAGAGAGUGGAGGCUGAGGAGGAGGAGGAGGAGGAGGGGGAGGUGCUGGAUAGACACAGAUGUCUGUUGGCCCUGGCAGCGCUGCGACACGCCAAGUGGUUCCAGGCUCGGGUGAACGGGCUCAAGUCCUGCGUCAUUGUUCUCAGGAUACUUAGAGACAUGUGCAAUAGACACACCGUCUGGGAGCCUCUCAAAGGAUGGCCCCUAGAGCUUAUCUGUGAGAAAGCCAUUGCCACCUGCAACAGACCUCUUGGGGCAGGAGAGGCCCUGCGCCGAGUCAUGGAGUGUCUGGCCUCCGGCAUACUGUUACCAGGUGGUCCAGGUUUACACGACCCAUGUGAGAAAGAGCCAAUAAACACACUAGACAACAUGUCCGACCAGCAGGCUGAGGCCAUUACCUACAGGGCACAGCAUGCUCUCAGACUCAUGGCGUUCGGACAGAUGUACAAGGUGUUGGAGAUGGAGCCUCUCCCCUCAAAUAAACCAUCACAGAAAUACCCCUGGUCUGAUAAAGAAGGUUUAGGUCUGAAGAGGCCAUAUGAGGACGGGUUUAUGGACGACAAAGACCUCAUUAAGAAGAUGAAGAGGAAUCUGAGGAAAGUCUUGGACAGUAAAGCCAUCGACUCCAACCAGCCAAUGAACGCCCUGAUGCGGCUGAACCAGAUCCGACCGGGGCUGCAGUAUCGCCUGCUGUCCCAGUCCGGCCCGGUUCACGCGCCGGUCUUCACCAUGUCCGUGGAUCUGGAUGGGUCCGUUUACGAGGCCUCCGGCUCCUCCAAGAAGACCGCCAAGCUCCACGUCGCUGUCAAGGUUCUCCAGGCGAUGGGCUACCCGACGGGUUUCGACUCAGACCUGGACCCCAUGAGUUCAGACGAGAAGUCGGACGGGGAGGGGAAGAGCGAGACGUCCUCACACACGAGCAAUAACCCAACGCACUCCACGGACAGUUCCAACACGCUGGAGGUGGGGAGUAGGACACGUGAUGAUAAAGUGCGAACUCAGGGUCCCAUACUGACAGCGAGUGGGAAGAAUCCCGUCAUGGAGCUGAACGAGAAGAGACGAGGCCUCAAAUAUGAGCUCAUCUCUGAAAGUGGAGGCAGCCAUGACAAACGUUUUAUUAUGGAGGUGGAGGUUGAUGGGCAGAAGUUUCGCGGGGCAGGCCCCAACAAAAAAGUAGCAAAGGCCAGCGCAGCUCUGGCGGCUCUGGAGAAACUCUUCUCUGGUCCCAAUGCAGCUGCGAACAAGAAGAAGAAGAUAUUGCCUCAGACUAAAGGAGCCCUGGCGGCGGCGGCGGCGGCCUCGGCAGUAGCAGCUCAGGUAGCCAGAGGAAGAGGGAGAGCAGCCCUCGCCAGAGGAGCCUUCGUCAGCGCGGCUGCACCAGGAUACGUCACGCCAGGCUUCGGGACGCCAUAUGGCUACAGCCCCGCUGCGGCAGCUGCUCCUGCAUACGGGGGUCUUUUCAUCGACAAUCCCUUCUACCAGCCGCGGACCAUCGCUCCCUUCAUCAUCCAUCUGGGUCCCCAGGAUCUCUUCUCCGACUUCUAGGGCACGCAGCCUGUCGGACGCUCCCUUCACUCGCUGCUCACGCGCCCGGCCCGUCUGUGAGCGGCGGGGCCGCCUUUCUGAUCCCCGGCUGACGGACUCACGCAUCCAGAACAGUUUUUGGUUUGAUCGGUCCGCUGGAGGGACCAAAAAAAAAAAAGAAAUGACAAAAAAAAAAGAAAAAUUCUGCCCGACAACCGCAAGCAGACCCGUCUCCACCUGACUGAGCGGGAGGCUCGAAGAAGCCCCUCUCUCUCUCUCUCCUCUCCGUCCAGUGUCCCCGCGCCGCAGGAGAGCAACUUUUACAAUAAGCAAUACUCGGAUUUUACGGAGGGAGAAAAACAAAAACGUUCGGCUGCGACUGUGCGAGGCUGGGCCGACCUUUCUUAUAGCAAUACAUCUGAACUCGACCCCUCCGAGCUCACGUACUUGAGAAGAUGUGAAUGUUUUUCGACGGAGUUUUACCCAACACAGCAUUGGCAAUAGUUCAUUUUUGAUUGUAUACUCAUUGUACGUGUGUGUGUACGUGUGGCUAUAACGUUACUAUAUACACAUAUGUAUGGUGUGUGUUUCUAUAAUGACGUGUUGACAUUAAUAUUACUAUAUGACCAUGUACUUAUGUAAAUACCCUAUGAAAUAUAGCUAUUGUUGGUAUAAAUUAUUUUAGAAUUAUAAAGUGAAAUCUAACUAUUAUCACAGUAUAGCUUUCUUCCAAUUUUAUAAUACACUGAGCAAUUGAAGCUAGUCCUAGGAGAUGCAAUAUUAUCUUUGGUAUUCUUAUUAACCUGUGCUGUUAGAAUGAUAACGCUUCCUUCUUUCCUUCAAACGUUUUCCUCCUGUCUUCGAUGUCUCUCUGAGCCUUUCUCUGAGUUCGCUCUCCGCUGCCCGAGGUUUGUUUACGUGGCCUGGACAAAGAGGUGCUCACACACACACACACACAGACACACACACACACACACACUGAUCCUGUCAGAAAGCACAUUUUCUAUAGUCUCACUACUGGCAGGGAAUACUGUUGUUACUUAUACUGUACGUAUGUGUAUAACGUGUGUAUACUCUCUGAUGUGCGCGCUCCUCCCUCCACCUUCCUCGACAGACCUCAACAGACCCGCCCAUCAACCCGCUCGCCUUAGCGACCGAAAGCACGGCUCACGGACACCACUGACAUCUCCUUCCUCCCGCAAACAUUCACACACACACACACACACACACACACACACUCUCUUCCCUCCACCCUCCUUUGGCCUAUCUACACUACAUAGCUGCAUUUCCAGUCGAGCACUCCAGUGCGGGUUUUUUUUUUUCCGGCUGUCAAUCUCCACAACAGCUCAUAAAAUCCGUGUGGAGCAUUUCGAGUGUACUGAACAAGCUGUGUUACUGGUGCUUCUCUUUUGCAUCUUUGACUCCUGUGUUAAUCCCCUUUUUAAAGCAUCAAAUCGCGACCAAGAGCAGCACAAGUUGAACGUCCUCGUUGACGUCCAGCAGGCCAAUUUAGCUUAAUCUGCCCGGGUCCACAGGCGGGGGAACCACAGCCUGACAGAGAACCUUUCAGUUCCCCGUCUAAGAGUUCCAGUUCCUUUUGGUUGAAAUGCGGCUCGUGGACGCGAUGCUGCUGGUGGCAGAGACACCGGUGGGCCUUGUUACGCAGCACAGACGGCUGGCGAACUCAUCACAGAUACAGCUCGCUCAGGGUUUCAACAGUGGGACCUGGACUUGGAUUCAUAUGCUCCCGCCUGUACGUCGCCAUUAUCCUUUGCCCAAACUGACUUCUCCUGUGUCUAUAUAUCGCAGGAAGUUUAGCGUCAUUUAUCGGCGGCGGACACAUUUCAGUGGCUGCCGACUGAAAUAGUCUCCGUAGAUCUGAGCUGGGAGAUAAAACCUAAGAUGCGUGUUUCAGAGGUUUGCCUGUGAUGGAUGGAGGCUGAGAAAAUCAACACAAAGACCCUGAAAAACUCUCCUCUUCAAGCAUAAAAACAUUUCUCUUUGACAGUAAGUAUUUAUAGCCACAUAAGCAAGUAUCAAAGUCAAAGUUGGGCCGAAACAUCCCUAGUUAUCAAUCGAUUACAGCUCAGAUGAACUGACGGGGGGAAGGCAGAUGUGGUCCUUUCAGUCGUUUCAGACAGAUUUGAUAAUCUGCAGGACGCCAUGUUCUUCCGUCACGGAGCAAUGAGGUCAAGCACACGAGGUCGCUUGGGUUUGAAUGGCUGGUGGUCGUAGUUUUCCUCCAUGAAUCUGCUGCCCUGUCCACUUAAUAGGUAGAUUCAGCGUUUCAUUUGCUCAUCUCUGUUUACAUACAGUAUGUGAAUUAUGCAUCUGGUUUGGAGUUUGCAGGAGUGAAUUGGUGCCGAGAUCAUCUUCCCCCGUCUGACAUGCAUCAGCAUUACAGUCCUCAGUUGUCUCAUAGUAACCACAAAAAACAAAUCCUCUAACAGAGUCUCCGUGAUUAUUGAUUAUGGAUCCUUGCAGCAGCAGCAGCAGCAGCAACGUGUCUGUUUUUCUUGAGGGCUUUGCAGCGUAGCUCUUCUACAUUUCUUUUUUUUGUUCUCGUUUCCCAAAAGAACCCUCGAGCGAGCGCUGCCUCGCCGAGACUUUGCAUCCUCUCGUGGAAUUCACGCACAGGUGAAUAACUUGGAGCUUCGCUGUGCGUGGAAACAGAACAGACCUUCUCUAUCAGCAGGGAAUUCCUCUCUCUCUCUCUCUCUCUCUCUCUCUCUCUCUCUCUCUCGCUGCCAUGCCCGUUCUCUCUUCGCCCCGUCCUCUCUCUCUGUCUCCAGAUGGCCCGCAUUAAUAAGGCAGACGCAUACCUCAGUGAGCAACCUUUUCAUUUCCCCUCAGACGGAACAGACACACACACACACACACAUACACACACACACCGCCAGGAGAGUCACCCGGAGUGCUGACCCUGUCCUCUUGGUCUGUCGGCUGGACAACUGCUCUGACAGGAGAGGUGGCAGAGAGCGAGAGCUCAGGGAGUCGCAGUCGGUCUCUGUCUUGUGGGACUGUGCAGGCUGGUCCACACUCAGAGAUUGGUGUUCAUUUAUUGGGGGGAAUUGUUGGGUGGCUUGGCAGAGGUCCCAAAGUUUAAAUCUGCUGUUUGUUCUUCUUUUUUUCUUUCAUAAAUGCACAAAGUUUAGAGAUGCAAAAGGAAAUCAGUGAUGUUUGAUUUAGAAAAUGUUCUUUUCUUGUUCUAUUAAGGAUUAGACAUAUAUAUAUAUAUACACCUCUGCUAUGUGUUCCAUACAGUUUGAAGACGGCACUACCAGUCGUACUGUCGCACGAUGAAAUAUCUCAGGAUAGAAAAUAUUCCUGUGACACGUUGGUCUGCAGACUCAGACGGUCGUGUCCCUGUGCGCAGCUUUUCUACAGAGUAAUGGUUGUUCGUGCUGCACUUGAGCUUUCUGAUGGAUGUUGUUGUUGCUGCUCCACAGUUUCCCCCCGGAAUUUUCUCUAUUGAGACGCACGCACGCACCCACGCACCCACGCACACACAGACACACAGACACACACACACACACACACACACACACACACACACAUCCCCUUCCCUGCAUCUACAGUUUUACAAACACUGCCUAUCGGUGGGCGUUCAACAACAACAACUUCGCCUGUAAUUUAAAAGCACAAACACACACAUGAACCGUACACCCACACAUCCUUCUCAGGGCUACCUGACACACACACACACACACACACAAGCACACGUGUAAUUGCAGAUGUAAAUAUUUCGGCGUUCACCAUCGAUAGCAGCUGAGCACCUCGAGUAAGCAUGACAUUCUGUGCUCUGUGAUUUGUAUAUUACACAUUUGAUUGUACUGUACGUAAGGGGAGUCACACAAGUGGUUAGGCCUUGUUUGUACUUUUAGGAAUCGAGCCAUGUAUGGGAAAAGAACAACACAUGCACACACACACACACACACACACACACAACCCCAUCUCCUCCAUUUAUCUUUGUGCUUUCACAGCGGGCUGUCUGCAGCACUGUACGAAAUGGGAUUCUCUGUUAGGUUUGCUUUUCUGGAGAAACAGCAGUUACACGUGAAAAACUAGAGCUUUGCUGUUUGGAGAAAAAAACUGCUUUAGCGCCAAAUACAGAGGCUUUGCACGUUUCGAUGCUGCGGCGUGUUCAUUAGAUGGAGUUAGGAGAUUUUUUUUGUUGCCAGGUAACGUCAGACCUUUGGACGAGCCUCUUUAUCUUCCUGCCAGGUCAAAGGUCAAAAAGGACAGCGGGACGAUGCAGAGAUGCUUUUGGGGGAAACGGGGUUGGAUUUGUUCUUGAGGACGGGAUUCAUCCAGACGGCGCACGCCUUUGUCACACAAAUCUGAUCAUCAGAAGUGAGAGCUCAUUCAGUGUGUUGUCUGAUAUUCACCGUCUAGACAGUUAUGAAAUGUCAGGUUAGAGGAGAGACAUCCAUCCUCCGACGGAAAACUGUCUCUCGCUCAUUCUUGCAUUGGCGCAGAAAGUCUGGGUGUUUUAAGUCUGGGGAGCUGUGCUAAAAUUGUCUGGAAGCAGCGGGAGAGGAGAUGCACAAAGAUCCUCGAGUCGUCCUGAACUCUGCAGAGCAGCAGAAAUAGAUCCCGGAUCACGUUUCAACUGCUGAGGCAAAGUUAACCAGACGAACUGCUGAGAAGAUCAGUUUCUCCGCGUGUGCGUGCGUGAGUGGGAAUGCGUGUGUUUGUCUGACAUGCGCAUAUACUGGAGGAGAUGGGAAGAUAUUUCACACCCAUACAACACACACACACACACACACACACACACACACACUCACACUGAGCAUGCUGUUGCAUACUUCCUGAUCAUGGUCAUCUGAUUGUUGAAGUCCAAUAAUCCUCCUGAUGUUGGACCGUUCUGGUCGGGAAUGUACGCUGUCGUUAAAGUGAUUGUAGAGUAGAAUGUAUUUACUCAUAAGAAAAGAGUAAACUUACUUUUUUGUAGAGAAACAUAUACAGAAAAUAUAUAUAUGGAUACAUGACAUAUAUAUACAUCUAUAUAUCUUUUGAACUACUUGUGUCUGUGUCUGUGUGUGUGUGUGUGUGUGUGUGUGUGUGUGUGUGUGUGUGUGUGUGUGUGUGUGUGUGUGUGUGUGUGUGUGUGUGUGAGAGUUGUUUUGGGCGCAUCCACUCUCUAUGAGUGAGUUUUGAUGAGUGACUUUAACCUGUAAAUUUUAUUUUGAUUUAUUUAUUUUACAACAAGGGGAUUAAAAAGAAACUGUUUUACGAUGCUGCCUGUGAAAUUAUAAAGUGAUAUCUGUCCUCGGAAUCUAUUUGAGCCUAUAAAUUAUUGUGAAAUGUAACAGUGACGGGGGGGUUGGGGGAGUCUGGCAGGCCGCCGGACGACGACGGGCAAGGGGAUCAUUUGAUCGGUUUUUACUUAGUAGCAACAUUCGCAGCAGCGGUGGUCUCUGGUCGCCACGGCUCCUGACAUAUUCUGCUUGAGAAAUUGAAAAAUAAAACUGAUUUAAGUGCUGAA